AAGAGCACUGGAAACUGCUAGGAAACCUGAAGACCACGGUGGAAGGACUGGUGUCCACCAGCAACCCAAAUGUCUGGUCUAAGUAUGGCGGCUUGGAACGGCUCUGCAGAGACAUGCACAGCAUCCUCUACCAUGGGCUCAUCCACGACAAGGUGUGCUGCAGACAAGAUUACUGGCAGUUUGUGAAGGACAUUCGCUGGCUGAGUCCCAACUCAGCUCAUCACGUGGAAAAGUUCCUCAGCCUGCAUGAGAACGGGCAGCCCAACACUGACGGCCUAAGCGACCAAGCUGUUGCGAAGCUGUGGCUACAACACAGCCUGCAGUUCCACUGCCUCUCAGCACAGCUCAAACCCCUCCUGGGCAACAGGCAGUACAUAAGGAAGUUCUACGCAGACACUGCCUUCCUGCUCAGUGACUCCCACGUCACGGCCAUGCUGCAGUGCCUGGAGGCUGUGGAACAGAACAACCCCAGGCUCCUGGCUCAGAUCGACACGUCCAUGCUGGCCGGCACGUCACUGCCAUCUGUGUGCGCGUCAGGUCCCUCUGCUGGGACAAGAGAGACGGGUGACCGCGACGCUGAAGGACAUGAGAGCCGUCUGCCUGGGGCACUAGGCUGCCUGGAUCAUUGCACUGAGAGCCUGUUUACCAGGAAGGGCGAAGGUCUGUCUCCAGUGACAAAGAGCCGGAGCCUGACUGCUUCCCCUGGAUUCCUGCAGAUACCAGCCGCAGACUGCACGCAGCAGCGUUGCUUGGGCUCCUUCUCUAGUCUGCACCACCCAGCCUCUUGCAGCCUUUCAGACAGGAGACCAGCAAGCUCCUCUGUCUUCUGUGGCACCAGCCAGCCUCAGGAACACUGCCUGUCCACCAGGUCCUCCUCCUUCAGUGUUUGCAGGACCCCUCUGGAGCAGGCCAGCUCUGUCACCCGCUGCCACAUUCCCUCACCCAAAGACCCCUUCUCUCCAGCCAGCGAGAUGAGUUCCAGCACCACCAGCCAGAGCGAAGACACUUCAAUGGGAAGCCAGGACGAUCCGCAGAGCGAUGCUAAUGAUGGGCCGGAAUACUUGGCCAUUGGAAACUUGGGGCGCCGGGGCCGGGCCUGCAGCAGCGCCAGCAGCAACAGCACCAAGAGCAGCAGCUCCAACCUGUUCUCCUCCAGCAGCUCCCAGAAGCUGGACUCGGUCUCCUCCUUGGGAGAGCAGGGGGCGAGUGGUGGAGGUGCAAGCAGGGGCAUGAGCCUCUUACGCCGCUCCAGCUUCUCGGAGGGACAGACAUCAGUCCCACAGGGCAUCCUGAAAAAGAGCCACGUGCGCUCGCAUUCUGAUACCAAUGUGGCUUCGGGGAAGUUACACGGAGGCCUCAGGGAUAUCACCAUUAUAAUAGAAGAUCCAGUGGCAGAGUCCCAUGGUGACACAGGCGGAAGAAGGGGGCCCGUCUCCGGUUCCGCCCAGAGCAGUGAAGUGAGCACACCCAGUUCUCUCUACAUGGAGUAUGACUCUGGCCAGUACCUGAGUUCAGGGGAAGGGAUGUUCAGAAGACCUUCAGAAGGGCAGUCCCUCAUCAGCUAUCUCUCUGAACAGGACUUUGGCAGCUGUGCAGACCUGGAGAAGGAGAAUGCCCACUUCAGUAUCUCAGAGUCACUGAUUGCUGCCAUUGAGCUGAUGAAAUGCAACAUGAUGAGCCGGCAGCUGGAAGAGGAGGAAGAAGACAGUGACAAGGAGAUCCAGGAACUUAAACAAAAGAUUCGCAUCCGGCGCCAGCAGAUCCGCACCAAGCACCUCUUCCCUACCUGCCAGAUGGGUUCAGACAGCCUUGUGGCAACGGACAGCGAGUCCCAGUUCAGCUCCCAUGGCUCCAUGCGACUGUCUGACUCAGGCUCUGCAGAGGAUGUGGAAGAGUAUGAGAUCCAAGAUGGUAACGAUGGAUCUAACCUGAUUCAAAUGUCCAAGAACGGCCUCUCAGUGUCAAUGGCUUCCUUGUUCUCAGAUGCAGACAUCAAGAGGAACCCAGCCUCCAGCAGGAAGUCCUUUCGGUCCUCUGAAUCCAUAUCCCACUCCUUCCUCAAUUCGAACUCAGCAGAGGCUGUGGCCAUGGGUCUGCUGAAGCAGUUUGAAGGCAUGCAGCUCCCAGCUGCCUCCGAGCUGGAAUGGCUGGUUCCGGAGCACGAUGCCCCCCAGAAGCUCCUGCCCAUCCCCGACUCUCUACCCAUAUCUCCAGACGACGGAGAACAUGCCGACAUCUACAAGCUGAGGAUUCGUGUGCGUGGAAACCUGGAGUGGGCCCCGCCGCGGCCACAGAUCAUCUUCAACAUUCACCCAGCCCCAACGAGGAAGGUGGCUGUGGCCAAGCAGAAUUACCGCUGUGCUGGCUGUGGCAUCCGGACUGAUCCUGAUUACAUCAAGCGGCUGCGGUACUGUGAAUACCUGGGGAAAUAUUUCUGCCAGUGCUGCCACGAGAAUGCCCAGACAGUCAUCCCUAGCCGCAUCCUGCGCAAGUGGGACUUCAGCAAGUAUUACGUGAGCAACUUCUCCAAGGACCUGCUGAGCAAGAUCUGGAGCGACCCGCUCUUCAACGUGCAGGAUAUCAAUGCUGCCCUGUACCGGAAGGUGAAGUCUCUCAACCAAGUGUGGCUGCUGCGAAUCCAGCUCUUUCACAUGAAGAACAUGUUUAAGACCUGCCGACUGGCUAAAGACCUCCUUGACUCCUUUGAUGCAGUGCCAGGACAUCUGACAGAGGAUUUGCACCUCUACUCCCUGAGCGACCUCAGUGCAACGAAGAAGGGAGACUUGGUGCCUCGCUUGACAGAGCUCCUGAAGGCGGGCAGCCUGCACGUUCAGAAGUGCAUGCUGUGCCAAGCCAAAGGCUUCAUCUGUGAGUUCUGCCAAAAUGAGGACGACAUCAUUUUCCCCUUUGAGCUCAACAAGUGCAAGACGUGUGAAGAGUGCAAGGCCUGCUACCACAAGUCCUGCUUCAAGUCCUCCCACUGCCCCCGCUGUGAGCGGCUCCAAGCCCGGAGAGAGCUGCUGGCCAAGCAGAGCAUGGAGUCCUAUGUCUCGGACUAUGAGGAUGAGCUGGAGCAGCAGGAAGCAGUGGCAGCCACAUGAGCGUGUCACAACGGAGGAGCAGAUAGUGGAUUUAUUUGUGCCUG